AUGGCGGCGAGUCCGUCAGCCGCAGUGGCGGCGGAGGCAAUGGGGCGCUCCGCGCCGGCGCCGUCAGCCGCCUUCAAUCUUAACGCGCUCGCCGUGCCCGACCCUGCAGCGCUACCGCUGCCAGGUGCGCUGCAGAUUGCCUCGCGAGGUGGAUCCAACUUAAACGGCAUCGCCUGCUCCACCUCGACCGCCCUUGCCGCCGCUAGAAGCGCCGAAACAGCCGGGGAGCCGGCUUCGAGCGCGCGUUUCCCCGGAUCUCUGCCCCCCGUGCGGUCCACCGCCGUCCCCUCGCUCCUUCCGCCCGUUUGGCCCGCCGCUGCCGUGCCGCGCGGUCAGCUUGGCGCGCUGCUCGCAUCGUCCCUCCCUGCCAUGGCCUUCCCCGCCACGACCAUGCAUGGCGCACCCAACGCCACGCCCAGUAGUGCGAGCUCGCCUCUGCUGCCACACGCGCCCGCUUCCACGGCCGCUCAUCGCGCCGUCGCCCCGCCAGCGCACCGGGUCGACCACACCGCGCUCGCACUUCCACCCGCACAACCCUCACCGCCUCUCGCCUCCCCCACUGCCCCACUCGCCUCAGUCACCCGUCAACCGCACACACACUCGCUCGCCGCUGCAGCUACCGCCGGUUGCUCCCCCGCGCCCUCGCACCCGCCGUUGCACGCCCUCGCCACUCCGCCCCCACCGCCUGCUCCCCCUCCGUCCGCCCUCUGCCGCGCUGGCCCAGCGCAGGCGAUUCUCAAUGCCGUGGGGGUGGCGCGCACGAGCGCGGCGGGCGAAAAGGGUGCCAGGGGGGUGCACGCGGCAAGGGGAGGGGCAGAACCAGUUGAAGGCGCGGAGGAGGGGUGCGAGGGAGAUGGGGUGGUGCAGGGUGGAGCAGUGCAUGGGAGGGCGAUUCCCUCGACAGCGAGGCGAGGAGGCGAGGGUGUGGCAAUGGUGGCACACGGGGAUGGCCCAUGGCACCACGUACAAGCACCGGGAGAAAGCAAGGGCGAAGCAGGAGAAGGAAAGGUUGGAGAAGGGGAGACGCAGGGGCGAGGAGGUGCAGGCAGCAGGCAGCCCAGUGCGCAGGUGCUCUCCCCCAGGGCGCGGCCUCGCCCUGCACUGCACACGUGCGCAGCGGCGCCCCACACGGCCCUGUAUGCAGCACUGCCCCGCACCACGGGUGCCACGCCCAGCAGCAGAGGUGGCACAGCAGUGGGGGAGGAGGCGCAGCGGGCAGUUGGUCGUACUGGCGAUGCGCUGUGCGUGGCAGCGCCACAGCCCCACGCGCCUGCACCUGCUGCCACUGCUGCCGCACUGGCUGUGCCUGUGCAGUGUGCAACAGCAGGUGUGGUGGUGGAUGGCGAGAAACGCCCCAGCGGUUGUGUGGGCGCAGGUGGUGUGGCGCUGCAGUGCACGGGACAGGCGGGUGCGGCAGGCACGAGGGCGAGCGAGCACGUGUGGGUGCAGCAGUGGGGGCGGGCAGAGGGGCAUGUGGCGCCCCAGGUGCUGGGGGGAGGCGCACUCGUGAAGGUGGGCAGCGCAGGGGGCUUUGCCACGCGGUACUUCUCGCACCCUCUGCACGGCAGCAGCGCAGUGCAGGGAAGUCUGGCCGCACUGGAGUGCUACCCUGGGGGGGCUGCUGCCGGACAUGGGUUGGCGGAUCCAGGCGCUGUGUGGAGGGAAGGGGCGGAUGGCGGGUGGAGGGUUAGGGUCGAUAGGCAUGGUGGCAAGCGCAAGGAGAGAGAGGGAGUGGAGGUAGAGGGCGUGGGGUGGGGGGAAAGAGGGGCAGAAGGGGCAUGUCAUGAGGAAAGGGCGGGGAUGGUGGAGAGGUGCAGCGCAGGGAGGGAGAUGAUGUGUGUUGCAGGUGGUGGCAUUGCUCGCAUGCAGCAUCGCAGCAUGGCACACGCUGCUGCUGCUGCUGAUCAUUCGCAGGAAGGCAUGGAGGGUGGGGGUGCUGGUGGCGGGCGUGGUGAGUGUGGUGGCACGCCAGGGUGCGGGACAUGUGAGGUGGAUCAGGGAGGGCAGGGGCAGGUGAGGGAGCAGCAUGAGGUGGUGCGAGGGCAAGGGGAGGUGGCAGCAGCUGAGGAAGCAGAGGAGGCAGCAGAGGAGAGCAUUCUGGUACAGCUGUUGAAGAAGCAGCUGCUCUCACUGGCUGAAGCCAUUGCCACGCAUGAUGAUAUGCGGGCGCGCUUCCUGCUGCAGCACCUGUGGCAGGAGGUGGACCCCGUGGGCUCGCCCAUGCAGCGCACCGCCUUCUACUUCGUGCGCGCUCUCUCCGCCAGAGCCACCGCCACCGCACACCUGCUGCACACACCCUCCAUGCCGCAGGUGGGUGCGUGCUGCAGGUGGGUGCGUGCUGCAGGUGGGUGCGUGCUGCAGGUGGGUGCGUGCUGCAGGUGGGUGCGUGCUGCAGGUGGGUGCGUGCUGCAGGUGGGUGCGUGCUGCAGGUGGGUGCGUGCUGCAGGUGGGUGCGUGCUGCAGGUGGGUGCGUGCUGCAGGUGGGUGCGUGCUUCAGGUGGGUGCGUGCUGCAGGUGGGUGCGUGCUGCAGGUGGGUGCGUGCUGCAGGUGGGUGCGUGCUGCAGGUGGGUGCGUGCUGCAGGUGGGUGCGUGCUGCUGCAGGUGGGUGCGUGCUGCAGGUGGGUGCGUGCUGCAGGUGGGUGCGUGCUGCAGGUGGGUGCGUGCUGCAGGUGGGUGCGUGCUGCAGGUGGGUGCGUGCUGCAGGUGGGUGCGUGCUGCAGGUGGGUGCGUGCUUCAGGUGGGUGCGUGCUGCAGGUGGGUGCGUGCUGCAGGUGGGUGCGUGCUGCAGGUGGGUGCGUGCUGCAGGUGGGUGCGUGCUGCAGGUGGGUGCGUGCUGCAGGUGGGUGCGUGCUGCAGGUGGGUGCGUGCACGCACAGGGCGUCGUCUCUCACUCGUCCACAAGCAGCUUGGAGGUGGAUAACGCCCUGGCGUCUGUGCUCGCAGCCGCGCCCCUGCGCCACUUCCUCUCCUGCUCCGCCACCCAUGCCCUGCACCUCGCCCUCAUGCCCGCCCUCACACACCCCCAUGCGCACCCACACGCCUCCACUGCCCACCACGCUGCCCGUGCUGCUGCCGCUGACAGUGUGGGAACGGGAAUGGCAGUGAGUGAAGGACAGCGGCGUGUGGAGAGAGAAGGAACAGUGAAGGGGAUGACGUUGCAGCAGGAGCAGGAGAGGCAGGGGAGCAGCACGGAGGAGGGCGAGGAGAGACCUGCGGAGCAGCAGGAAGCUGAGAGGUGUUGGGAGGAGGGAAGGGCGAAAACUGUUGGUGAGGAUGAGGAAGGUGAGGGAACAGAGAGGGAGGGGAGUAUUUUCAGGGAUGAAGGCAGUGCGAGGGGCCGUGGAGGAAGCAGCUUGUGUGGCACGGAGAAGCUGGGCGGUGGAGUGGCAUGUGUGCGUGACCCAGCAUCCCAUGCAAAUGAGAAGCACACGAGCGUGCACCCGCCGUCGCCACGUGCGUUGUGUGCCCCCCUGGCAGUGCACGUGGUGGACCUGGGCCAGCACCAUGCUGCACACUGCCACGCCCUUCUCGCCGCGCUCACUGCAUGUGCGCCGCAGCACCGCCCCGUGUCACUGCGCCUCACUAUAGUGCACCUGCUCCAUGCCCACCCCGCCUCCCCCUGCACACCCCCCUUGCUGCCUUCACACCACGGCAGCAGCGCUGACACGGACUCACCUGCAUGUGCGGGCCUUGCUGCUGCUGCACCAGCUGCACCUGCCACGUCCUGUGCGGAACACGUUUACGCGCUUGCCUCCCGCGCUGCCGUACCACCUGCAGCUCACGACACUGAAGGCGUGGCCCCCAGCCUCGCUGGCACCGGCUGUGCUGCAGUGGAUGCUGCAUGGGGGCCCGUGCCUGGUGGGGCUGCACAGCCCAUGCUGCCUGCACGCGCACCACCCAGUAACCCUGAUGCUACUGCUCUGCCUGGUGCUGGCGACCAAGGCGCAGACGGUGCUGCAGCUGCAUCGCUGCUGGUGCAGCAGGUGCAGGAGGUGGCGCGUGGGUUAGGCAUGCAUGUGAGCGUGCGUGCAGUGCAGGUGGGCAUGCAGGGGGUGACACGCGAGGCGCUGGGCGUGCAGGAGGGGGAGGUGCUGCUGGUGCGAGCCGCCCUGCUGCUGCAGCAGCUGUGCGAUGCCUCUGUCAUCCGAGCCAACCCCCGCGACUCGCUGCUUCAGGCCAUCCACGCACUACGGCCACUACUGGUGACAGUGACGGAGCAGGAGGUGGGGCUCAACUCGCCCUUCUUCCUCAGCCGCUUCCGAGAGGCCCUGGAGCAUUACUCAGCAUGGUUUGACUGCCUGCACGCGCCCUCCUGCCCGGCGUCACAGGCACAGCGCGGGGUGCUGGAGGCGCAGGUGCUGGGGGCGGGCAUCAGCAACAUUGUGGCCAGCGAGGGCAUCCAUCGCCGCAUGCGCCCCGAGCACCUGCACGCCUGGCACACGCGUGCCAUGCGCCUGGGCUUUGAUGUGGUGCCCAUCAGUGGGGAUGUUCUCAAACCCAUGGCAACUGCCAUGGACACCAGCAGCGAGGGCCUUGAAGUCCAAAUCAGGCAAGGCGCAGCGGUGCUCGUGUGGAAGGGCUGUCCCUUGCUCUCAACGUUUGUCUUAAAGCCAAGUGAGGGAGCAACUGCAUCUUCUACCGGUACAUGA